AUGCUGCAUGAAGGCAUGAAAGUAAACAAACAAAAAAGUGUGGUUUCUUCAGGAGACAAUCGGGACAAACUUGUUUGUUGGUUCUUUCAGACGAAGCAGAAAUGAAACCGUAGUGCAUCAGAUUUUUUACUUAUCGAAGACUACAAUGUUCUUUUUCAUUAAAUUUUAGGAUGUAGUGCAGGCUAUGGAGUGGUUUUUGAAGAACACCGUUACGCAGGAAGAAGUGUAUCUAUCAGCAGGGGAGAAUAAAGUUGGACGGCAACAAGGCAGCCGCAUUCAUUGUCCCUCUGUAUACUCUUCUCGGCAUCAUUGUAUUAUUGAAGUAUGUGAAAAUGAUGAUGAAUUUAUCAAAGUUAAAGAUCUGAAGAGUUCCAACGGGACAUACUUGAACUCACAAAGAAUUUUAGCACAUAGGCGCACAGAUGUCUGCGCAGGAGACACCCUAGGGAUCGGUGUGGGCAAUGACGAAGUGGAGGGAGAGCUGUACAUAUUUCAAGUUUGUAAGAAAGAAAAAAAGCCACAACCAUCAGCUUUGAACCUUGCCCCUGAGCCAAAUGGUCCAGGACAUCCAGAUGAACUGAGUAGACCAGGACCUAGUAGGAUAGAGCAACAGCCACAGUCUCCUCCUCAUGGUAUUUGCAAUCCUACUCACACGCCAAAAGAGGUUAUCAAGAAAGAAGUAAAUGGAAAGGAAUCGACCAGUAGAAAACGAAAGGAAUUAGAAAAUGUUUCCACUUCUGCACCCAAAAUGAAGAGAGUUGAGGUUAAAUUCGAACCAUCCACUUCAAAUGGACCAAGUGUUCCAAAUUCGGAACAAGAAGAAAUAGACGCAGACCCACCUCAGCCCAAGCCUCCUCCUACAAUUCCUCCUGAUCCAGAAGACUUUGUCAGAAUGUAUAUGCACGAUAAAGAGCAGAUGCAGAAGUUACUGAAGGCAAUUCAAGAUCAUACUGGUAAUAAUGAUGCAGUACCAUCAUUUUUAAGAAAUGGAAGACCUUCACUAGAUGCUACAAAACUGAAUCGCAGCAUGGAAAUAGAUACUGAAGAUAAUGUCAACCAAGAAGUUUCAGAACAGCAGUCUCAUUUGAAGACUCCCUCAAAUAGCACUAGUACGGCUGUCCCGCUUGAAAGCAGAAAUGGUCACAUUGGGACCAAAUCAUCGUAUACAAAUUCAAUUCAAGAGUCUGAUAAUCUUUUGAACGCAUCAAAACAUUGCAUGGUAAUCGUCAAACCAGAUCCUGUAAGGCCUUAUGACUUCCCUGGACCUUCCAGUGGAGCUCAACAGAACCCGGAUGUUGUUUCCAUAAGCAGUGGAAGUGAUGAGGAAAAAGAAGUAGCAACCUUGCCGAGUGCAGCUAAAAAAUCCAGUGAUAUCAAUUCUGCUAAAAAAGAUGUGCUCAGCGCUAUAGAAUUAUUUAAUAGUAUUGUGCCUGACGAGGAUGACUUGUUUGAUAAUUAUGAAGAGGAAGAUAGUAAAAGUUGGUACCAUCAGCUGUCACAAUCAUCAAUGUCACAAAUCAUAGAAAUCGAGGAUUCUGAUGAUGGUGAUGAGGAGACUCGAGAACAAAUCUCUGGUGUUUACUCCAGCACCAUUGUCCCUGAGGAUGGUGCUAAACCGUUUAUGCGGAAACCAACUCUCCUCACGAUGCUGAAUGAUGAAUCUGAUACAGAUGUAGCAAUGCGGGCAUCAGUUGCCAAGCGAUUGUCACGGUCUGUUUCAUCAAGUGGUGAUAGUGAUGCAAGACCCACGCAAGCUAAAGAAAAUACCACCAGUGCUGCAUCCUCCAUCUAUAUUUCCUCAGAAAGUAGCGAUACAGAAUUAUUCGUAACCAAGAAAAGACUGAGCAUUGAAUCUAGUCCAGAACCAGAAGAUAAGGAGAAGAAUGCCCAGAAGGAUUUUGUCUCUAAGGAUGCUGUUUCAGUUGCAGAAGACAAGUUGGCUAACAUGGAAGAAAAAGAAGAGAAACACUCUAAGUUGAAUAAGAAGGGGUCAAGGAAAGCAGAAAUGAUAGAAGCUGUUCCAUUGCCUCAAAGAAAAUCUCAUCUGCGAGGCAUUAGUGCAGACAAUGCCCAUAAACUGCACCAAGAACUCAAAAAUAAGGCGGGUCCAAGUAGGCGAAGUGAUAAGAAAAGUGAUAAAGGUAAUUACAGAGACAAAGUUCCAGACAAAGAACCCAGAACAAAUGAAGAAUUAAUUAACAUUAGGAAAGAAAAAUUGAGAGAACUAAGCGAGAAAGAAAAACUGCAAAAGCCCAAGAGAGAUGCUCCAAAACCGCAUGCACCAGUCAAAGCCAAAGACACAAAAAAACCCCGAGGCUCAUUCCUUACAGAGUCAGAAACGGCUUCUGUAAAAUCAAAAGCAAUGUCCAAUUUAAAAUCAGCGGAAAAAGCCUUAUCAAGUAUGGAACCAUCAACAUCGAAAAUUGGAGAUAAAUCUGUCAUUAUUAAAACUGGGCCUCGAAAGCGAGUUUCGCAUGUUAAGUCGCAGGGUGAACUGGAACAGGAAUCAAGUAGGUAUCCAGAACUGACGAGUGGAUCUGUGAAUAUCAUCAAUGGUGAUAAGAACCACCCUGAGGAGAGUGAGUCCAUGUCUGCUAAAAGAGUCAUCUCGUGUUCUGACAGACAACAUUCAUCAGGGAAAAUGCCUCGCAUCCCCAAAAAGAGGAAAGGUGUCACCUUUGCUCCAGAUAAUUUACUAGUAACUGAGUUUCUAAUUGAACCGUUAGAGGGUGUAAAAAAAUUUAAUGCUGCUCAAGCCAAAGCAAAAGACGCAGAGGUGAAGGUUCGAGAGCAAUUCGAAUCCGAAGAUAUUAUCAAACUGGAUAUACUCCACUGGCGGCCGUCAUGGAUUCAUGAGCAAAAACUUGUUGCUGCUUCCGCAUCUCCUCCACCAGUUGGCCUACCGCUUAGCCUCAAAUUUGUUAAGGAGAAUUUCACUUCUCCAAAAGAAUACUAUCAAAUAAUGAAGCCGCUCCUACAUCAUGAGGUCUGGGCAUCAGUCUCGCAAGCAUAUGAUCGCUCAUUUUCCCUCGGACAAGUUGAUAAAUCUCACUCUUUAGGAGACAAAUGUACUUUUGGAUUCAUGAUUGAAAGUUGCUCUGUGAAAGAUGUGCCUCAAACGACUAAGAGGUAUCUACAACUCAAUUGCAAUGUUGUCCUGUUUGAAGAAGAUAUUAGGAACAAUAAUUGUCCACGAAAGGAUGAUCUUGUGAUCGUACGCUUGAAAUUUCAUACCACUGAAAGAUACAAGAAUGCUCCGGACAUGUAUUUUGGCCUUGUGGUGUUUGACAGAAGAUUUUCUAAAUUUUCUGAAAGUCACAGUAUAGCACUACAGCCUUUAAUAACCUCCAAAACAAAGAAGGGCAAACCUUGCGCCGUUCUCCUCUUGAAGGUCCUUUUAAAUUAUGGUAAUUUUCUAUGGGACAAGAAAAUUGUCACAGAUGUAGCACUAGAAAUGAAGAGAAUAAAAUCAAUUAUACCUGAAUUGAGGUUGUAUGAUGCUCUCCGUUCCAUACCGUCCUAUCCUUUGCGUGAUGCAAUCUUAGCUCCAGAGUCUUAUGACUUUAGUAUCCCAGGUUACGAUGACUCCAAGACUCUUCCUUAUAGUAAAUUCAUGUGUGAUCUGAACAGUUCACAAUUUGAAGCUGUAAAUUACUCUGUAAAAAUGUGUCUGAGCCCAAAACCAAAUGUUUGCUUGAUCCAAGGUGCCCCAGGUACGGGGAAAUCUCUAGUCAUCACUUGUAUAAUUCAGCAACUACUUCGGGUUUUGAAGACUAAUCAUGAGCGGUGCAAUACAAUCCUUGUGUGUGCGUCGUCAAAUGCAGCAGUUGAUGAAUUGGUGUCUAAAUUGGGUGAAACUCGUAAAACACUAGGGGAUGAAAAAUUUAGCUUGGUUCGUGUUGGUACAGGAGUUAGUCCCAAAGGACAUAAUUUUUCUCUAUCUGCCCUGGUGCAAAGGAAUGAAAAGCAACGCACCUCAGACAGUAGCUUUGAGCAACUUAAGAUGGACCUUGAGCUUGUCAAAGCCAAGAAGAAUGCUAAAAAUCUGGCCAUCAAACAGUGUGAGGACCAUCUACUCCAAUACAAGCCGAAAGCUAAGUUGGAACGUGACAUUGCGAUUCUUAAAAGGAAGGAGGAUGAUUUGAAAAAGUUUCAGGACGAGCUCCGAGGAAUAGAGACAGAAGAGCAACAACUUUUAUAUUUGAUGAAACACUUUAAUACUCCAGAAGCAAAAAAGAGAAGACAGAACAGGUCAAAAGAUGACAAUGAGGAGGACUUUCUUCGAAAAGCCCAAGUUGUAGCUGUAACUUUAUCCUCAUGUCUCACAACUCAAAUGAAAUCAGUUUUUACUUCAGAAAACUAUUCUGAGGGUUCAAGCAAGUUACCAAUUUCUGUGUGCAUCAUUGAUGAAGCUACUCAGUGCACCGAGCCGGAAGCUUUGAUUCCUCUUCUCCUUGGGACCAAAUCCUUAAUCCUUGUAGGAGACCCCAAUCAGCUUAGUCCCACUGUUCUCUCACCGACUUGCCUAAGAUAUGGUUUUGGUCAGUCAAUGUUUUCGCGUCUCUAUAGUACCUUCACAAAAAGUACCACAGGAAAGAGGAAACCAUUGUUUUUUCUAGAUACCCAAUAUAGAAUGCACCAAGAAAUCUGUCAAUGGCCAAAUAAUUUCUUCUAUGAGGGGAAGUUGAUUACUCAUCAGUCAGCAAACAAACGAUCAAACAGCAGUCCCUUGCUCCCGUAUGUUGUUUUGUCAACUUCUUGCAAAGCAGAAGCUGAUGGGGAAACAAAUGAAGAAGAGGCAACAAUUGUUAUAAAUUUAAUCCAGGAAAUCUUGAGCCGACCAGAUACCAGAGUCAUGUCAAUUGGAGUGAUCACACCAUACCAGAAACAGAGAAAAUUAUUCCUUACAAAGCUUGAAAAAAUUGUGAGUAUACCAAAAAAUACGUUGAAAGAGGUAGAGGUGAACACUAUUGACAGCUAUCAAGGUAGUGAAAAAGAUAUUAUCAUCCUUUCAACUGUGCGUACACACGGUGUUGGAUUUCUGGAGAAUCAGCAGCGUCUCAAUGUCUCUUUAACUAGAGCUAAGUGCUCUCUAUUUAUAUGCUCUAAUUUUAUCUCCCUCCAGGAUGAUGAGAUGUGGAAGGCAUUGAUGGAGGACGCAAAGCGGCGUAAUGUCUAUAAGCGAAUUUAUACAAACAAACAGGGCAAAUAUAUCCAACAUGUGAUGAAACCUGGGCGAAAAUGAACUCAACUGUCAAAAAUUCUCGUUGCUUAAACUUCUUCUUAUACAUCUUUACCAAAAAAUAUCCGGUGAAAAUGAGUGAAUUUAAAUUACCUAUUUCUCAUUUAGAUCCAGUCAGAAAGGAACUAAUCUAUACUGAAAUUCUGUAGGGAAAAAUAUUCUAAAGUUUUGAUCCUCCCUCAGGGUCACUGAAUCUUAUGAAUGAUAACUUAUGAUAUUAACAAUGAUAAAUCCGUUUUUACAAUGAAUUAAGGUUUUACUACAGAGUUUUCAUUCAUCACUUUUGAUACAAUUAAAUUUGAACUCUAAGGUUUUACUCAAUCAAAACAAUCUCUAAUUCUAUUUUGUAUAUUUGUUGCCUAGUUCUUAUCUAAUUAACUGUAUCUGUAUGUUUUUCCUCAACUGUACCUGAAUUUCACUUAUUCUCUUUCUGAAACAUCUGUAUAUGUUUGAUGCUCAUCUGUAUUGAGGUGUGUUUACUUCAGGUGUCUUUAGAAAUUGAUUCAAAUUAAUUUAUUUUAUAUGUUUCCUACUUGCUGUCAACAUUUUUGAUAAAUUUGUGUUUUAUUCAUUAGGUUCUCAGGAGCAAAUUAUUUUUAUUAUGCGUUAUGUUUAAUCUAUGCAGUUUUUCUCCAAAAGGGCCAUUAAUGGUUUUGUUUUUUUUUUUUUUUUUUUUUUUUUUUUUUUUCCAAAGCUCACAAUUCAUUGCUGUUUGUAAGUAAAAAUAGUGUUCAUCCUCUGCUUUAACUACCUGCCUCAAUCAACUGGAAGGCAGAAAGUAGUAUCAUACAAAAUUUUUACUUUAUGGAUUUGUUCAUUUCCUAUCAUUGAAUAUUGAGAAACAUCUUUUUAGUUCUGUUUUUAAUUUCUCUAUUUUUUUUGGAUGCGCCAAAAAAAAAAAAAAAAAAAAAAAAAAAACACAUUACAGCAUUGCAUUUUAAGGAGAUGAACAGAGGAAAUUACUCUUAGAAACCGAACCUAACGCGAUGAAACAUCUCAUCAAAUAUUUACCAUUAGUUUGACAUCUUCGGUAGUGUUGCUCUGAAAGCAAGUCUCUGCCAGGCCAUGAAAUUAAUCUAACAUAUACUCUAAAACAUCAAACAUCACAAGUUAGUAAAAAAACAAAAGAAAUAAUAGUUGCACCCUCUAACAGAUAUUCUGUUCUGUGGUACCUACGAGUAUACUUAAUUUGGGAAAAUUUAAAGGCACAUUCAAUAUACCUCCAUGUAGCAUUCGCUGAUGUAGAGAUUCGCUGUGUAAUACCCGUUUUUUAGCCUUCAUUGAGUCUACCCAAUCAACUGGAAUGCAGAAGCAUAACAUGACAAAAAAUGUGUAGAAGGUUAUGAAUUUUACUUUAAAUUUAUUUUUGUCACCCAAUCUGUAAGUUUAGUAACAUCAGUUGUUUUUGGUUGGCAAUUCUUGUCUGUUGUGAAAAUUUUUGAGUUACUUCAUCACUUGCUGUUAUUUUGUAGAGCAAGCUUGCAGUCAUAUGUUUAUGGUUCAGCUUUCUUCUUUUUUUCCUGCUUUUUUAUAUUGUUGCUCAAUUUAUAUUUAAAUUUAUAUUUUAAAAGUUCAUCUUUUAAUGUAACAGAUUAUUAUGGUUUCUGUAUCGACGAGACUUCUCUGUAAAGAAUUGUUCAAAUUAGCCCCAGUGAUCAGAUAUUGUAACAUGUUUCUUGCAGUUAAAUUAUUUUAUUUGAAGUUAUGUUUUGCUGACUUAGUUAUACUAAUAUUUAACUGUGACUAAAAAAGCUCUCUAGAUGGUGCAAUUGUGCCUUGAAAUGUUGAGAUUACACAUUUCAUGACAAUAUUGCAAUAAGUAGAACUUAGACUUCAUUUGCUUCAAUUAUUUUCUGCUCUUCCUCUCUUUUCUUCAUGAAGUCAAAGUAUGUAUUUUUACUUUCAUUUUUUCAGGAUGUGUUUGUUAUAAUAACGGUUUUUAAAAUUUGUACACCAAAAACUUGUGCCCAAGCGAGGGGGCUCCCUCCAUUAAUUUGUCAAUAUUUUCAUUCAGAAAUUAGAAAGUUGGCCUUAUUUUUAUAAAAUUUUUCAUUUUCUCAAAGGGCUGCAAACUAACUUUAAGUGAAAAUGAGCCCUGUGUUUUUUGGCAGUACGUUCUAUGUGUUACAGCGUUCAUCCUUGGAAUAAAAAGUCCUCAAGAUUACCAAGUCCAAAAACCCAAAGGGGAGUGGAGAGGGAACUUUUUUAUUCUCUGUGGGCAGAACUCAAGGCGGUACAUUAUACAAUGUCAAGUGCCCAAAAGUUUUUUCCCCUCCUCCCAACGUUUCAGGCUCCUGAUCCUGAUGAAGUUUUUGUUGGGGAAGGUUCACUAAUUUAACCUUGGUAGAAAAGGGCCACAUAAUGAUUUACCAUUGUACUGAAACGAGUUAAAGUGCUUUUACCAUCCCUUUUUUAUACCAUCAAAUCCUACUCAAACCUUUCUAUGAAGAGAGAGAGAGGGGAAGGUUGGUUACUUAGGUACUCAUACUUUUUAGAUGUUAUCAAAGUUUUUAUCACCCCUUCCUCCCCUACCAUGGCAAUUUUUAAACAACUUUUCCUCUCCAUUAAGAAUAGAUCUAUUGAUUAUUCGUGCAAAACCUUCCAUGUUGUAAAUUUUCCAAACCCAACAGCCCCCUUCAGAGCUAAGACGUGAGUAGAAGUAUGUUUUUUUACUCGGCAGAAAUUUUAGUUGUAUUCAUUUCUCAUGGAAAAUUGUGCAGUUUGAUGUUUCUUCCAAGAGCCAGAAUCAAAGUUCAGUGUAAAACCAAUUUUAAAUACCUACUUCAGUAUUUCAUAUCGUAAUUUUACUAGUUUCCUAUCAACUUUAAAUCUUUUUAGAGAAGAAGAUGAUGGAAAUCCUUGCGAUUAUUAUGGUAUAAUGGCAAUUUCAUUGAAAUGAAACUUGCUGAGCUAAGUCAAUUUAUGCGCAUUAUGAAAAUUUCCGUCUAACUUGGAGAAAAAGGUUCAGUUAGCUUCAGGACUCGGGUUCAAUUUUCAUGACAAAGCUGAAAAAUGAAGGUUUGUCUUACAGCAAAUUUUCAUCAACAUGGUUUUCUUGUAGACCUGCACAGUAAUCCCUCUGAUGACUUAUGAAUAUUCUCCCCAAUUUAUUCUCCCUAUGAAUAAUUUUUCCCAGAAAUCCUUCUCAAUGUCGCUGAUGCACUAAAAGAUGCUGUUAGAGAAAAGAUGAUGUUCAAAUUGGUUGGGAUUUCCGAAUAAAUAAAUCUGGAGGCUAAGUUAUUGCUGGGAGUAGUAAGGACCAACAUGAAGAGCGUUUUGUUUGAAGUUUGUGGCAACCCUUUGACUAUUGAAAGAAUGAACUCUAGUCCUGGUGAAUGCUCUAAAAUAUUUCUUUAAGUCAGAUGGAAAUCUUCAGCUCACAUCACGCACAAAUCGAUGUAUCUCAGCCAAGUUAAGCACAAAUACAAUUUUUACCAAAUUAUUAGGAAUACCUUUUUCAGCCUUCCCUUUGUUUAAAAGCAUCCAAAAUUGAUUCUAAACUGAAGUAAGUAGUUCUAGUGAAGGAAAACUUACUUUUUUAUCUACUUAAGUAUGUACUCAUCAUCAAUAACUGGUCAGGUGCUAAAAAUCAAAAAUUAAGUUGGAUGUUGCGGUUUGUUCAGAAACCAAGGACAAAAUUCUGCAUAGCAGGCUAUAGUGCCGUCAACAGUGGAGUAGGUAACGCAUAUAUAGUGCCCAGAAAAUAGUUUAGUGGUUUUUUUUUUGCAGCAGAUGUCAGAAUUAAAAAUAUGAAUAACUCAAAAUCAACAUUUUGACACACAGCCCAUUAUUGAUGAAAAAUCUUGAAGGAUUCCUUGUUUGAACUGAAAUUAUCCCAGAAAAGUUUCAUGGCCAUCUGUAACAGAUUCAUUGUUGCAGCCAGGCCACCUUUUUAAGGCUGAUCAAGCUGGACCAAUUUCUGUCGACAAAAUUUAUUAUGUAUGUAUUUUUGGUUACAGUCAGUGACCAGACUAGAAAAUUAUGAUGACACUGAGUGCCUUGCAUUGGAAGCAUAGUUUCAAAACAUUUUCUUCAUCAUAAAAGUGUUUCUUUUCAAUGUUUAUUUUCUUUUUGCGCCUCGUUACUGGUGAUGUGAAAGUAGGGCACGGUGAACAGUAUAACGCUAAGACACCUGCAUUUAACAUAGAAACUUUGUGCUUAAAUGUGGUGCUGGCCUGUCGAACCUCUUGGAAAAUGUUAGGGAAAUAAGUACGAAAAAGCAGUCAUAGAUCUACUCUGGUCUGGUCUUUGUCUCAAUAUUUCCAAGUUCAUAACAUUUUCUUGAAGUUCAUUAAAAGAUAAUUUGUCAGGUCAUUAUCUCAGGAGUUAUUCAACGAAGACUACCUUUAAGAACCUUUUCCUUUUAAUGAAGGGGGUGUUCCUUUUUAAGAUUUCACAAUUUGAUUUUCUGAACUGGAAGAAUCAUUGCCUUUAUUUUCAAGCUUCCAAUUGUUUCCUAAAUAUUGUUUUAGUUCUAUUUAUUGACUUAUAAAGUGCUAAUUAGUGUUCUGUUCUUUUGUUAUUUAAUUUGAGCCUCGACUCUAAUUAUGUAAGUAUGUAAAUUAUCCUAAGUUUUGUACAUAAAAUAGCUUCCAUUUUUCUAAAGAA